AAUGGUGCGUCAAAACAUUAACAAACCCUACUUGAUAACUAUGGCAAUGACAGUGGCUCUCGGCUUCUGAAUGCUAGGCUACUGAUUUGGAUAUUACAAUGCAUUUACAGAUAUUACAUAUCAGAAAUAUGCGGAGAAAGGACAACAAGUCAUCCAUGACAAAAACCUUUUCAACUCUCUUGUCUCAGGCCUCAUUCCUUUCGGUGCCAUCUUUGGUAGUGUUAUGAUCGGCCUCAUUGUUAACAAAGGUAGACGCUUUUCGUUAUUGGUUGUUGCAUCUGUGUUCAUGGCAGCAACAUUACUAAGCUUGGUGUUCAACUUCUACGCUAUGGUGCUUGGAAGAUUGUGCAUGGGCAUUUGUAUUGGCUGAUACGCGACAUUGUGCCCACUGUACAUAUCAGAAAUAUCUCCCCCAGAACUAUCAGGAUUUUUAGGAGUGUUCAACCAGAUGGGAGCUUGCACAGGCAUAGUCAUUGCAUUCAUAGUGCCUUACAUAAUGCCUCUCUCAGAGACACCAACAACCACUAAUCUUGAACCUAAAGCAGUGGUAGACUCUCACAACUGGAGAUUGAUCUUUGGAUUUCCUUUUGGGAUUGCUCUUACCCAAUUCUUGCUUCUUUUCUUCAUUUUCAAAGAUGAAACUCCUUUAUUCUACCUAAAGAAGGGAGAUAAAUCAAAUUAUUACAAAACUAUGAGAAAAAUUUACAUGGGUUGGGAGCCUGAAGAAGAUAUUGAGUUAAAUGAGGUGCAGGAAAAUAAUAACUCAUCACAACAAAAUAAGCCCUCUGAGGAAGAAAGCCUUGUGAGUUCAUGCCAUGAAAAGCAAGUUCAGGACACUCAACCAGGAUACAAGAAAGCAUUACUUAUCGGCUCAGUACUUAGCUUAAUGCAUCAGUUUACCGGGAUCAAUUCAGUAAUAUUCUUUUCAAGUGAGAUAUUUACAGUCGGCCGCAUUGGACUAGAUGCAGCUAUCAGUGCUAGAGCCGGCACAUUGCUCGUUGGUAUCGUAGGCUUCUUAGGUACCGGGCUAUCGAUCCCACUUCAAAAAUACUUCGGAAGAGUUACAUUCAUUCAAUUUAGUGAGGUAAUACUGUGAGCCUCGCUCGCACUUUCUGGCAUCUGAGCCUGAAUGGGAAGCCAAUUUGGAAUCAUCACAUUCACAUUGGUAUUCAUCUUCAUGUUCAAUUUUGGUUACGGCCAAGCAUUAUGGAUAUACUGAGCAGAGGUUUUAGACAGUCGUGGAUGAGCUAUUGUUGCUCUACUGAAUAUGAUUUCUACAUGGAUCUUUGGUACAUUCACAAAUCUAGCAUUCAAAUAUUUGACUCCUCAAGGUGUAUACUUCGGUCUUGCAGCCAUUCAGGUGUUCACAAUCACCUUUGUGUGGGCAUUUGUCAAAGAGACCAAAGGAAAGACCAAACAGGAAUGCGAACAACUGUAUGCGGAGAAAGAUUAG